GCCACCUCAGCAUGUUACUGACCGGGUCAUAGGCCAAAGCUGCACUGCUCUGCAGCUCGGGGAGGAAUCUUUUUUUUCCUUCCUCCGUUUCCUCUGCCCAAGUUGCAGCUGCAGCAUCUACCGACUCGGUUAAAAAUGACUGUCAAAGCAACAAGAAUGUCAUGCCUUGCUCCCAAUGUUUAUACUAAAGUGCCUGAUGGAGGAUGGGGCUGGAUUGUGGCUUUUGCUUUCUUCUUUGUGGAAGCCCUGACAUACGGCAUUAUCAAGUCUUUUGGAGUCUUCUUUAUAGACCUAAUGGAAAGUUUUGAUGAAAGCAACAGCAGGAUAUCAUGGAUUAUCUCAAUAUGCGUUUUUGUACUAACAUUUACAGCUCCUCUUUCUACAGUACUGACUAAUCGUUUUGGUCAUCGCCUGGUGGUGGUGAUUGGAGGUUUACUGAUCAGUACUGGGAUGGUCACAGGCUCCUUUGCACGCACAGUUGUCGAAAUGUACAUCUCCAUUGGCAUAGUCUCAGGCUUAGGAUACUGCCUUGCUUUUCUGCCUACAGUCACCAUUCUGUCACAGUACUUUGACAAGAAGCGUUCAUUAGUCACAGCGGUAGCUUCCACAGGAGAAUGCUUUGCUGUCUUCUCUUUUGCACCAGCUAUCACUGCUUUGAAGGAGCACAUUGGCUGGAGGCAUAGCCUCCUGUUUGUUGGUCUACUGCAGCUUGGAAUUGUGGCCUGUGGAUUCUUGCUGCGGCCCAUCAUAAUCAAAGUGCAGGAAGAAGUGAGCGUGUCGGCAGCAGAAGAGCAGAGAGAGACAAAAUACAUGCUUGAAAAUGAACAGACACGCACCUCCAUAGAUUCCAUUGACUCAGGAGUAGAAGUAACUACCUCACCUCGCAACACGCCUGCAGAUGCCAAAUCAGAACUGAAAAGCGAGGGACCACCAAAGGAAAUCACAGAGGUGCUCAUAGAAGCUAGUAGCAUCCCUGCCAAGGAACCAAAACCUCAACUCCUAGACUUCUCUGUGAUGAAAGACCAUGGCUUUAUUUGUUAUGCACUUUUUGGUUUAUUUGCUACUCUGGGAUUCUUUGCUCCUUCCCUAUACAUCAUUCCACUUAGCAGGAGCCUUGGAAUAAACAAGGACCACUCCGCAUACAUACUCUCAGCGAUGGCAAUUGCCGAGGUCUUUGGCAGAAUCAGUGCCGGCUGGGUCCUCAACAAAAAGCCUAUCCGAAAAAUUUACAUUGAACUCAUCUGUGUCAUUCUGCUGGAUAUUGCCCUCUUUGCCUUCCCUUUUGCAUACAAUUUUUGGGGACUAAUGAUAUGUAGCAUUUACUUCGGGUUCAUGCUUGGGACAGUGGCAGGCACACACAUCCCUAUGUUGGCUGAAGAUGACGUCGUCGGCAUAGAGAAGAUGUCCUCUGCUGCGGGAGUUUACGUAUUUAUUCAAAGUUUAUCGGGGUUGGCUGGACCACCCCUUGCAGGUAUAUUAGUGGAUACCACAAAGAACUAUAGCUCUGCAUUCUAUUCUUGUGCUGCUGGGAUGCUGCUGGCUGCCAUGUUCCUUUCUUUGGUGAGGCCUUGCAAGAAGGUACGUCAAAGGAAGAAGGACCCAGUAGAAGAGAAUGUGUCAAAGCCUUUGCAGGAUGUACCAGAAGACUUUAUAGAGCCUGAUCUUGGAAAAAACGAGGAUUCUUCAAGAAGCAGUGGUAGCGUGGCCUGAAUAUUUUUUUACACACACACACACACAGAGAGUUUAGAUUGGGGGGGGCAAAGCACGUUAGCCCUGAUCCACCUUCUCAAAUCUACACUUUAAAGGGAAUGCAAAAUCAUAAAUGUGAACAGAUGCUAUCAACCCUUUCAGAAAGAUUUAUUGUUAGUUUUUUUGUAUAAACACCUCAAAUUCUGAUGCCCCCCCAUUGACCUCCAUUAAGCGCACUCCUAUCUAGCAUGAAGUUGUGGUUCAAGCUAUCGUAUUCCCAAUUCCAAAAUCACGGGGAAGAAACCAACUAUUGCAUUAGACAAAGAGCAAGGAUGUAUCUUGUAACAAAACAAGUUAUUUUGAACUUUUUAGUUGUUUUAAAAUCAGGUUAAAGAGUAGAUACUAAUUUCAGAGAAUGGGGGGAGUAAAGGGGGUUGAGCUAAAUGAUAUAUCGAAGAGAAUUAACAGGGUUUUGUUUUUAAAACUUGUUUGAACUUCAUAUAAGUUGGAGGUUACUAUUCUAUUUUUAUGGCCAGUUAUUGUGGAUAUUUCAUGGGACCAUUAUCUUUCCAGAUUUAACGCUUAUACAGUCCAACUCUGUGUAUGUUUAUUCAGAACUUUUCAGUGCUUUCAAUAGGGCAUAUUUAAAAGUGGGCAUACAAACUGCAACCUUAGGGCUGGAAUCCUGUGCUCACUUAUAGUUUGGACAGGGUCCCUUUGGGGUAGAACUGGGCCAGACAUGGAUCUACUGGAUUCUAAACUGGCCUGUUUUGCAGAGAGGGACUUGAGCUGGAGCCCUCCGGAGUUUGCAUACCCAAAAAGACCCUCCCCCAAAAUGGUCCUCUUCUUCUACCCCCAAACUGGCAGGGCAAAAGACUACUGCUCCAGCCCUUCCUGGUCCCUCAUUAAGAUUUCCCAUCUCAUUGAAAUUUAGUGGGGAUUCCCUCUGAGCACUGCUGAUGUCAUGUUCUCUUUUGGUAGUUAGAUAAACCAACUUGAUUGCAUUUUUUAAAAUAUAAAAUAAAAUUACCUAUUUAUUUUAAGACUAUUAGACAAUGUCUGUAUGGGCAAGUGGGGGGGGUAGGGGGUUAACACUUUUCACAGGUAUUUUAAAUGCAUUGAUAUUUUGUAAAACUUUAUUGAUAUGGGUUUUUUUAAGGUGUAGGUAGCAGUGUUAUCUGUUCUUUUCGAGACAAACUAUUUUAAAACACAAAAACACAAGGCACGCAAACAUGCUGUUCUUGAAUUCAGUCCUGAACAGGAAUCAUAGUUCCAGCUGUUGAGUAAAACUGAACCCAGUGGUUAAACGAUUUGCUGAAUCUAGUGAGAGAAUUUUCAAGACAAUACCUUCUUUUUACUGUAUGUUGGUUGUUUUUCCUUUCCUUUUCUUUUUUUGUAUGUUGUGAAGCAGACCUUCAGCUUUCACAGUGAGUCUCCCUACACCUGUAGGCUUGAGCCAGGCUUGCACCAAAGUAUAUAGGUUUCACAUUCUCAGGUGGUGCAAGACAUGCUCAAGCCUACAGACACUGCCUUGUAUGGGGCCUUGAGCUGCAUGGAAGCACUGACUGUGUGUGUGUGUGUGUGUGUCAUAUAGCCCAAAGUUCUGCCAUUUGCAAGACUGAAAGCGGUCCCUGUAUUGAGCAGUCAUGACUACACACAUGGCAAUCAUCAACUCCAUGCAACUCACACUGGGCUAUGAGCCCCUAAGCAGGCACACCGGGGAUCACGUGGAGCCAAACGUUAUGAACUGGGCCUUGGCGUCUCAUGUGUUUGUGAAUGUUCACAACAGCUAAAUUCUGCACACGGAUCACUAGGGAGAACCUAAAGCAAAAAGAAACUUGCAGUGUAAUUCUUAUUUUAAAUUUAACAAGUGUACUCAACAGCUGCCACAGGCAUCAAAUAACUGGUCCUAAAAAUGAUUAUGCCGCCACCCUGGAUGCUCAAUUGGCUGCAGAGUUGGGUUUGCUUCCCAUUAACAGUCAAUUAUGUGUAAAGAAAGGGAAUGAUUAAACAAGGCAACAUGUCAGCUAUUCACUUACACUCAAUAGAUAACUAUCAGUGGUAACGCAAGCUUGCUUGUCCCACUUUUACGCAAUUUUUUUUGUCAAUGAGACAACUCAGGGGGACAAAAUGAGAAAAUAAAAAUUUUUCUUUUGGUCCUGGAUACACACAGUACAGAUUCAAAUGCGUUUCAGUAUUUCAGUAGAAGUGGCAUUGUAUGCUGACUGCUCCGCUAAGAUGCUUAUGCAUUGUCAGCCAUAGAAAUGAGGGACAAUCCGAUUUUAAAAGAGAGCAACCACUGGCACCCGAAUACAUUUUUUGAGGUCCUUGCACUUUCAAUGUGUUUAAGGUUCAAACCCAUUUACGAAGAUGCUGGUUGAUCUUUAGAGUGGAAUAUACUUGCAAGCUAAGUGUCCUUAACAUUGAAAUACAGUCGUACCUCCCUUUACGUAACCGUCUGGUUACGUAAACUUCGGGAUGCACAUGCGGCAAACCCGGAAGUAUUUUACCAGGUUUCACCACAUGCGCAGAAGGGGUCCUCAGGUUGUGGAAACCUUGGGAUCCAACCGGACCUCCAGAACAGAUCCCAUCUGCAACCGGAUAUACCACUGUACUAGUCUGAAACCUAAGCAUACUUAUUUGGAAGUAUGUUCCACUCGAGUAAUUUCAAUUCAGGAUGUUAAGCUGCCCCCCCCCAAAAAAAAAAAACACGGGGAAGGGUGCUCUAUCAUUAGGAGUGGCUUUUGCAAUCCACCCUCCUCCCUCACUGCAUGAAAACAACUGCAGUUUAGUGUGCUUUGAAUAACUUCAGCACUUUAUAAUGUACAGCAGAACCUUGAUAAAUUGCGGCCGCAAGUGGGAGACAUGAACCAUCCCCAAUGGGGAGGUGGGUCACUUUUCUGGAACUAGCAAGUAAAUGAACAAAACAUGAAACUUGCGUUUGCAAAAUGUGUUAUUUAUUUAUUUAUUUAUUUAGCAAGCUUACCUUAUGAAUUAUUUGUCACUAUACCUCUAGAAAAGCAGUUAACAUACUAAAUUGGCUAAAUUUAUCUCCGUAAUAAAAGACCUCAGUACAGUACUUUUUGCUGUUACAACUUUGCUGAAGAUAAAACGGUUAAGGAGCACAUUCUGUGUUUGUGGGGGAAACCUAGCUGUCCUGCAGUUUAACAAGGUUCUACUGUAUCUUCUUUAUACAAGGAUUUCCAUUACUAAAUAAUAUGUGUAUAACUGACCACAUCGUAAGUUAUUGUUCCAAGUACAUACUAUAUUAGCAUGACUAAGAGCAUAUUUGUGUGCACAAAAGAUCCAAAAUCAGGCUAUAACAUGGAUUGCUGGUUUGUUCUGUACUAUAAUUAGUGAACUCUGGAAGUGCUACCAAACACUGAAUUUUGCAAUAAACUUUUUUUUAAA